GCUGAUCAUUCAAUCCAUUCGUCGUCAUUGAUGUUUCUGAAGAAAAUACUUUUUGGAUUUUACGGAAAAAUACCUAAUUACUUUUGGAAUUCUAAGUUAGUUCUUAAAUUGCUAAACCCGUGGAAAUCGAAGCAUCGGCCUGAAAAACAACAAUGUCAAAACUGGAAGAUAUUGGUCGAAUGCUGGUGAACUAUAUAGAUCCCACUUCUACUAAAAAGGACGUAGCCGAUUGUGUGAAGCAGUACAAAGCACUGACAUGUCGGUACGAGGAAUACGUUUUCAAUGAUGGGUCAGUGAAGCAUUUGAUCAAUCUACAGGGAACUAUACCGGUGCGGUACAAGGGCAACACUUACCACAUUCCGAUUUGCAUCUGGCUUCUUGACACGCACCCUCGCUAUGCUCCAAUUUGCUACGUCAAACCGACGUCCGACAUGCACAUCAAGGUUUCCAUGUACGUGGACCACAAUGGGAAAAUUUAUCUGCCGUACCUUCACGAUUGGACCCCCAUGCAGUCCGAUCUGCUCGGGCUAAUCCAGGUGAUGAUUGUUACGUUCGGGGAUUUCCCACCAGUGUACUCAAAACCGAAGCAGCAGCCGAAGGAACAGGCAACGCCCUAUCCAACACAAACAUUUAUGCCACAACCGCCAACAACCACGCAGAGUCCUUUUUGUCCGUAUCCCGGGCAACAAUUUCCGCCUUAUCCACCGGCAGUUGCAGGAUACGGUGGGUAUGGUCAGCAGUCAACUGGCGGUGGCUAUCCCCCGUACAUGCCGCCUAAUAUGCCAACUGCAUCCGGAUACAACGCGGGCUAUAAUCCAUUGUCACAAGGUACGGGUACAAUCACUGAGGAGCACAUAAAAGCAUCUCUCGUGAGUGCGGUCGAAGAUAAGCUGAAGCGAAGAAUUCAGGAAAAGGUGAACCAGUGCCAGGCGGAGAUCCAAACACUUAAGCGAACCCAACAGGAACUGAACGAAGGCCAGAGCAAGAUCAACGAUAUCAUCGGUCGUUUGGAACGUGACCAACAAGAGCUGACGAAAAGCAUUGCCGUACUCCACGACAAAGAUCAGGAGCUUGAGCGAGCGCUCGAGAGUCUGGAAAAGGUGGAAGGCAUUGAUGUAGAUGAAGCCGUAACGACCACUGCUCCGCUAUAUAAGCAGCUACUGAACGCUUAUGCCGAAGAGGCAGCUAUUGAGGAUGCAGUCUACUACAUGGGUGAGGCACUUCGUAGCGGCGUGAUCGAUCUGGAAGUAUUCCUCAAAAAUGUUCGCCAAUUGUCGCGGAAGCAGUUUAUGCUGAGAGCGCUGAUGCAAAAAUGUCGACAGAAAGCGGGUUUCAGUGUCUGAGGUGUAAACGAAGGCCAUCGAUAAAGGAAGACCGUUUAUUAGGUUGUACAUACGGUUUUGUUUAGGGGGAUAAACAGCGUUUCACGGAAACAAAUCGCUGACUGUGCAUUACAAACAUCAGAAGCGUCUCAUUACUGCGAGAAUUAUUACUAUUACUAUAUUGAUUAUUGCUAUAUUUUAUGUUUAUUCACUGCGAUUGUCUUGUGCUGUAAAGUGUUCUAGGAGCAGACAUUAUACAAUAAUAAAAUUUGUUUGACUGCAA